CCCGCCCCCCCGUAGCACUGCUGCCCAAGGACUGUUCCAGGUCUCAAAGCUCCCAUCAUGUUUGGCACGUGGCGGUUUGAUUCCAACCCAGAGAAUGACACACUCACUCAGCAGCCCGUCGACCCUGUCACGGCAAGACCUCAGGUCCCGCAAGCAUGCCAGAGCUGCCGCGAGAAGAAGAUCCGCUGCUCCAGCGAAAAGAGCGGCUGUUCCCGGUGCAGAACCCUUUCCAAGCCUUGCGUGUAUACACAGCGGGGUGAGGGUAAGCGGCCAUCCAAGAAGCGAAACGAGGCCGGCAGGCAGCACACUUCCAGCACAGGCAAAGAUGCCACCGCCAACAGACAAAGUAGUCGGCGGAACAAAGCUCCCAGUCCGCCCACGGCGCAUCCUAAAUCUCCCCAGACGCACCAGGCUGUAUCCGACAACUCGUCUACAGACUCUACACAAGCAGUGGACAAUGACAUAUCUAUGCGGCCCCUGAAUAAUAUCUCAUGGCCGACGCCGAAAUUCAUCGUCGAUGAGCGCCGGAUGGGGGAUGCACCCUAUGGAAACGGUUCACACGGCUCUCCGCCGGCCAGCCAAAACGCGUCAUGUCCCAUGGGCGCGGAAGACACAGCCAGCAACCGCCAUGACAGCGUCCUGAGCCUCGAGUACUGGCUGGCUGACGCUGCGCCGCACCGAAAACCCACUAGUAUGUUUGGAGCCAUCUUCUCCCCGCCGUGGCUCAAUACGGACCUGAGCCAGCCAAAUGGCGACAACGUCGGCCUGAUGAGCUGCUCGGCCGAAGAGUUCGAAACGUCGCUGCUUGCGGGCCUGCCGACCCCCAGCUCUCACGACAUGACCGAUAACACACACAACCGGUCGUCCCGGUUACCACCACCACCACUAGUACCCACCAGUCCUACGCCAGCCAAGAGAACGCAGCCGCUCGACGAUGACGCAGCCGUAGCCGCAGGAGGCCGAGACCGGCUGGUCUGUCUGUGCCUGCAGCACGUGACGUUCCUAGUGCAUGAGCUCGAGUCGGCGCCGACGAGCUGCCUCGACGCCGGGCUCGCACUGCACAAGGAGGCCGUUGGGUACGGCGAAGGCAUGCUGCUAUGCCUGCAGUGCUCGCGGCGGCCUGAGAACCUGACGCUGCUCACCUUUUUGGCCGAGAGGCUGCUCCGGCUGGGCGAGAGCAUCGCCAAAAUGUAAACAACUCUCAAUAUGUUCACGUCCUUCAGACUCUCAACCCCUGCGUCGAAGUUCUGUUCUGAGACGCUUUUGUGAUCCGCGAGCUACUUACCUUACUUACAUUCCAAUGCAUGAUCGACUGACAACUGAACGGGGCUUUGCUG